AUGAGAGUUGAGUUAGCACUAGCAAUGCUCAUGACCAUAACGGUUCUUACCAUAGUCACAGCACAGCAAGAGGACCAGCAACCACCUCCGCCCAUGUUACCGGAGGAAGAAGUGGGAGGAUGCAGCAGAACAUUCUUCUCAUCACUCGUGCAGCUGAUACCUUGUAGAGCAGCAGUGGCUCCUUUCAGCCCGAUCCCACCAAGUGAGUCGUGUUGCGCUGCCGUUGUCACACUUGGUCGCCCUUGCCUUUGCCUCCUCGCCAAUGGACCUCCACUCUCAGGCAUUGACCGCUCCAUGGCUCUUCAACUUCCUCAGAGAUGCUCUGCUAAUUUCCCUCCAUGCGAUGUCAUUCACUAG